CAUUGCUGGAUCAUCGCAGCUGAACUGUCACGUAUCAGACUCAUUGAAGUGUUAAGGAUGGCGAUGCCCGCACGCGUGGCAGCAACUCUGGCGCUCUGCCUACAAGUGUGCAUCGCUUCGAAGCAGCGCUCUGCUGUGCAGGCGGCUGCCAAUCCUGUCCGCAAGGUUGUGACCCUUCUGCAGAACAUGCAGAAGAAGGUUGAAGCCGAGGGGAGCAAAGAGGAGGAGCUGUACUCCAAAUUCAAGUGCUACUGCAAGUCCGGCGUGGGCGAGCUCGAGUCCCGCGUCGACGCCGCGGGCAACGCGGCCCCGGAGCUGGAGGCCGCCAUCAAGGGGGGGGAGGAGAAGCUCGUCCAGACCAAGAAGACCCUGGAGGACGCGCAGAAGGAGCGCGAGGAGGCCAAGGCGGCCGUCGCCUCCGCGGAGUCGAUCCGGGAGGGGGCCGCAAAGGCGUUCGCCGAGACCAAAGCCACGUUGGAGGAGUACCUCUCGCAGAUCUCCUCGGCGGUGGCGUCUCUGGAGAAGGGCAUGACUGGCAGCUUCUUGCAGGGGCGCUCGUCCGCCUCCGCACUGCGCAAGAUCGUGGAGAAGGCCGAGAUCGGCGACGACGACAAAGAGGUUGUCAUGUCCUUCCUCUCGGGCCGGGCUUCAUACGCCCCUCAGAGCGGUGAGGUCACGGGGAUACUGAAGCAAAUGGGCGAUGACUUCAUGAAGUCGCUGAAGGCAGCAGAGGACGCGGAGGCAGCUGCCGUCAAGGAGCACGAAGCGCUGGUCGCUGCGAAGAAGAAGGAGAUUGGUGUACUGACUGCCUCCAUCGAGCAGAAGCUCGCCCUCGUUGGAGAGCUCGGCGUAUCCAUCGUUCAGAUGAAGGCAGACUUCGAGGACACCGCCGGCAGCCUCCUGGAGGACAAGGAGAUGCUCGCCGACCUGAGGGCGGGCUGCUCCACGAAGGACGCCGAGUACGAGGCGCGCGUGAAGACCCGCGGCGAGGAGCUCCUCGCCCUGGCCGAGACGAUCAAGGUGCUGAACGACGACGACGCCCUGGAGCUCUUCAAAGACGCUGCCCGCCCCCAGCGCCAGCCUGCUGCAGGUGGAGGUGCGGGGCGGCGAGGUGCGGGCGCGCGCCGUCGCCCUCCUGCAGCGGGCGCGCCGGGCGGGGCCCGGGCAGGCCCGCCUGGGCUUCCUGGUGCUGGCCCUGCGAAAGAAGGUCGGCUUCGAGAAGGUCAUCUCCAUGAUUGA